AUGUCGCCCACAAGACAAACCAACAACAAUACGAUGAUGAGUCCAAACGUUGUUGUUCCGAACCAUAGUAGUAAGAUUUUUGUCGGAGGAUUGGCUUGGAAAACCAAAACAGACACACUGAAAAGCCAUUUUGAUCAGUUUGGUGAGAUUCUUGAAGCUGUUGUCAUCAUUGACAGAGCCACCGGAAAAUCAAAAGGAUAUGGCUUUGUUACUUUUAAGGAUCCAAAUUCUGCUAUAAUAGCUUGUCAGAAUCCUAAUCCCGUGAUUGAUGGAAGAAGAACUAAUUGUAAUCUUGCAACUCAAAAAUCCAAUCCAUCAUCAUCAAUAGGAAGAAGGAAUCUCAAUAGUCCUUCAUGGAACAAUGCACCAUUACAAUUUUCAAGCUCCUCUAAUUAUUAUUAUUAUUAUAAUCAACUACCUCAAUAUCCAUAUCCUUAUCCAGUUUACAGGUACCCUUACCCUGGAUAUCUUCGCCCACAAGACAUUUAUGGCAUGAACUAUCUUAAUGUACAUGGUGGACCACAAUUUCCAGUUCCUCCGUUGUAUCCAGAUCCACUAUGUUACCAACCAUUUUAUGGGCAUAGUAAGCAUUUAGUUUCAACAUCAUAUGGGAAAAAGACACAUUUCCCUGGACCUAUUACUAGCACUGGAGUAGUCACAGAAAUAGGAGCUGCAACAAGAGUGGUGGAAUCUCCCAAAGAUCAAACAUCUUCAAAUUAA